AUGGGAAUUACUGACCAAUGGACAACAGCUUAUGGUACAUUUGGUAGAACGAUACGACUAUUCUUUUUCAGUUCACAAAUUUUUUCACUUGCAAUUCUAUUUUUCGUACUGCUAUACGGUUGUUGGUUAGUGCGUAGUCGAUCACAAUAUGCUGAAUUACUUCACCCAAGUCUAUACGUUGAUGUUGCUCGUAUUAUGAUUGUUACUUCAAUAUUUGCAUUUAUCAAUGCUACAAUUUCAAUUUAUGCAAUUAUGAAAGAAAUGCGAUGUUUUGUGUAUUCAUAUGCAACAGCAAGUAUUGUGAUAUUUGUUAUGAUGUUUAUGGGUGGAGUAAUGGGUUUUGUAUUUAGAUAUCAGUUACAACAUAAAAUACCGUUGCACCUCAAAAUGCUUACAUCACUUCGAGAACUUUAUGGAUUACCCGAAAUGGAAAAAGUAACAUUCGCGUGGGAUGAACUACAAAGCAAUUUUAAUUGUUGUGGAGUGAAUGGUACUGCUGAUUUGAAAAUUUGGAAAACAUCAAAAUGGUUUAUGCGUCAAAAAGAAACAAAGCAAAAACUUCCAUUGUCAUGCUGUGCAAACGGUUUGAUUGAAGAGUGUUUAGAAACUGAUCUCUAUCAUCCAAAUGAAACAGUUGUCCAUACCAAGACUUGUUAUAUGUUGCUUCGGUCUGACCUCCUACAUGUAAUGCAUUUAGCUGCAUGGCUUUUAGUUAUAGCCAGUACAGUAAUGAUAGUACCUGCCGUUUUUGCAGGAAUUUAUGCUUGCCUUAUAAAAAAAUGA